GUAGACGACGAGAAUCUCAAACUAGUCUACGUGGUAGACAUCGAAUGUCUAGAACAAGUUCAAUUCAUAAUUCAGUACCAGAUACUCAUGGCAUAACAGUAGUCAAUUCAAAUAUCAAUACAAAUGAUAAAAACCAAAUAUCAUUUUCAAAACUUAAUGGAAACUUAAUUAAACAAAGAUUAAAACAAAUUAAGCUUCCCAAGUUACCAUUUAAUUUUGGUCGAAAUAUGAGAUCAACAUAUGAGCAAGGUGGAAAUGAAGUACCAAUAGUUCCGGAAAAUGUUAACAAUACGAAACAAGUCAGAGAUGAAUCGAUUUCAGAGACUAUAGAUUGUAGAGGACUCUGUUCACCAAAGUUCAAGUUAAAACAUAACAAAAAUGAUAUAUACAAUAAAGAUGAUGAUCAUGAAGACGAAGAUGAUGAUGAUGAAAUAGAUGAAGAAACUGAAGACACUGAUAAUAGUGAUUGUAUUGACGAUGAGACCGAUAUUGAAUUAACUGAUGACGAUCCAGCAUCCGAAGAUAACCAAUCAAAGAACAGACUUUCAAUGUUUUAUCAAGAGUCGACAUUUCCUAGGUUUAGACAAUCAAUUCAUCAUAAUAUAAAUGAGUCAUUUACGCGAAAACAAAUUAUGGCAUCACAGCUAUUUAAAUCGUCCACAGCAUCAGGAGCACACUACAAACAAUAUUCACAAUCAGAACCUGAUUUAUGUAAGGAAAUUCCAGUAUUACUAACAUUAUCAUCAACAUCUUUCAACGAUUUAUCAGGCAGUCAUUUUCGUCAAGAGCAACAAUCAAAAAUGUUGUACAAACCACGAAAAAAAUUAGUGCGAGAAUCAUAUCGAGCUAUGAAUGUGAGUUUUAUUAUAUAUUCAACAUUGUUCCUUCUCGCUAUUAAUAAAUAAUCAUCAGCACUAUUUAGACUAAACAUUAAUUUUUUGAAGAUUGAGUUGCACAUU